AAUUGUUAAUCCAAAACACCUUCACUGCCAUUGACUGCCUCCCUUCUACACUCCACUCCCUCUCCUUACGAACUCUUCUUGCAUACUACUCCCACUUGACUCACACCAUGGGAAGCACCAGCGUCAGAACCGUAGAGGUCAAGCCUUUUGGCGAUCAGAAACCCGGAACAUCUGGCCUCCGCAAAAAGGUCAAGGUGUUCCAGCAAGCCAACUACUCCGAGAACUUCGUCGCCUCCAUCCUCCUCUCCAUCCCCGAAGGCGCCCAGGGUGCCGAGCUGGUCAUUGGCGGUGAUGGCCGAUACUGGAACCCCGAGGUCACCCAGUUGAUUGCCAAAAUCGGUGCGGCAUACGGCGUCAAGAAGCUGCUCAUCGGCCAGCACGGCAUCCUCUCCACCCCCGCCGCGAGCCACCUCAUCCGCAUCCGCAAAGCCACCGGUGGCAUCCUGCUCACUGCCAGCCAUAACCCGGGCGGCCCAACCGAAGAUUUCGGAAUCAAGUACAACCUCGCCAAUGGCGCACCAGCACCCGAGAGCGUGACGAACAAGAUCUACGAUGCCUCCAAAUCCCUCACCUCCUACAAAAUCAUGGACCUCCCCGACAUCGACCUCUCCAAGAUCGGCUCCCGCACCGUCGGACCACUCGAGGUGGAGGUGGUGGACAGCACCAAGGACUACACCGAAAUGCUCAAGUCCAUCUUCGAUUUCGACCUCAUCCGAUCCUUCCUGCAACAACACCAGGACUUCAAGGUCCUCUUUGACGCACUGAGUGGUGUCACCGGCCCCUACGGUGUCGAGGUCUUUGAGAAAGAGCUUGGCCUGAAAUCUAGCACGCAGAACUGCGUUCCCAAGCCUGACUUUGGCGGCCACCACCCCGACCCCAACCUCGUCUACGCACACUCGCUCGUCGAGGCCGUCGACAAGAACGGCAUUCAUUUCGGUGCUGCCUCAGACGGUGACGGUGACCGCAACAUGAUCUACGGCGCCAACUCCUUCGUCUCCCCCGGCGACUCCCUCGCAAUCAUCGCCCACUACGCCGACCUCAUCCCCUACUUCAAGAAGCAGGGCGUCUACGGCCUGGCCCGCUCCAUGCCCACCUCCGGCGCCAUCGACCUUGUGGCCAAGAAGAAGGGUCUCCAGUGCUACGAGGUCCCCACCGGCUGGAAGUUCUUCUGCGGCCUCUUUGACAGCGAUAAGAUGAACAUUUGCGGCGAGGAAUCCUUCGGCACCGGCUCCAACCACAUCCGCGAGAAGGACGGCCUCUGGGCCAUCGUGGCGUGGCUCAACAUCAUCGCCGGCGUCGGCCAGGCCUCUGGCAGCACCCCGAGCAUCAAGAGCAUCCAGCACGACUUCUGGAAGAUUUACGGCCGCACCUUCUUCACCCGCUACGACUACGAGGGAUGCGAGACCGACGGCGCGAACAAGGUGACGGCGCACAUGAAAGAACUCAUCACCACCAAGAAGGACUCCUUCGUUGGAUCCACCAUCUCUGGCCGCAAAGUCCUCGAGGCCGACGACUUCUCCUACACCGACCUUGACGGCAGCGUGAGCAAGAACCAGGGCAUCUACGUCAAAUUCGACGAUGGCAGCCGAAUCGUCGUCCGUCUGUCCGGUACCGGCAGCUCAGGCGCGACCAUCCGGCUGUACGUCGAGCGACACGAGACAGACGAGAGCAAGUACGGUCUCGAUGCGCAGGAGUACUUGAAGGAUAACGUGAAGCUGGCGGUGGAGCUUUUGAAGUUGCAAGAAUUCGUCGGACGGACUGAGCCGGAUGUCAAGACCUAGACGGCCAUUUUGAUCACGCAGCGAUGAGAUGUCGCGAGAGUAGACUACUAGAUUCGUAUCGAAUGAUGACAUUUCAAAC